UAAACUCAAACGCCGGUCUGUUUGCUGGCUUCGAUCUCACAGUUCACAGUAUACCAGGCAAGGCGCGGUAAUCAGCUUCGCCACAAAACAGUAAAUGAUUUUACAGCAGAGACAGUCAUUCUGACAUCGACUAAAUCUCUUCUCCACGAAUUAAUUUGGAGUUUUUAUAUUCGCUAAAACAAAGUUGAGCGUUUUAGCACAUCACCCAAAAGGCAGCACAAUUACAUUCAUUAAGUCGCAUCAUGAGAGAGAAUCCUCUUUGCUCACUUCUAAGCUGUCCGAAGGCAGACACAGUCCGUCCCAUCUAAUAGCAUUUGCGUAGCAUACCAACGAAGACAGCUCAACAAAGUCCCAUAAACCGGUUGUUUCACUACAAAGCACCAUGCUGUGCGAUCAUUUGUCGCUUGGUUUAUCAGUUCGAUAUGAGUGCGCAAGCUGCCAAGAAGAUGCAGAUUUUAGGCGCAGUACUGUUGUUUUCUGCUCUGCUGACAUCCUACGCGAUUUGCGAAGAAGUUCCGUACAAAGGUUACAAAAUAUACGAUGUACAAACGACCACACGUUCAGAUUUGAAAUUUUUUCAAACUGUGAGCCGUGAUUUGGGAUUGGAUAUAUUGAGCUCACCUAAAAUUGGUAGGAAAUCAUCUGUAAUUGUUAGUCCAUCAAACGACGAGAUAUUCAGGUCCUUUUUAAGUAAACAAAACGUGACUCAUAAACUACUUCAAGGCGAUAUUCAGAGGUUGAUUGAUCAUGAAAGAAAUUCCAAUGACAUUCACAUUCGUAAACGUCGCACAGUUCAACAGAAUGAUACCAUUCCUAUUGUGAAUUUCAAUGGUGCAAAUUUCGAAUACUUCUGGUCACUGAAUGAUAUCUAUAAGUAUUUGAAUACUCUGAAUGAAAAAUAUCCUAAUCUAGUGAAAGUAGUAGACCACGGAACGACUCACGAAAACCGGUCAAUAAAAGUGAUUACCAUCAGUACUAACGGGAAAGUUAAUGGGUCCCGUCCGAUUGUGCUGUUAGACGGAGGAAUACAUGCUCGCGAAUGGGCAUCUCAUAUGGCAGUGGUAUACUUGAUAUAUCAACUAGUUGAGCGCUCAGCCGAGAAUAUGGAUCUUUUGAACAACACCGAUUGGGUGAUCAUGCCAGUAGUCAAUCCGGAUGGUUAUGAGUACACCCAAAAGGAUCGUUUGUGGAGAAAAAAUAGAUCCCCAAAUAAUAACACGGUUUGCUUCGGAACGGAUUUGAAUAGAAAUUUCCCCAUUGGUUGGGGAAACUUUGGGAGCGAAUGUUCAGUUGGAUACGCUGGUGCUAGUCCUGCUUCAGAGCAUGAGACUCAAGCUUUGAUAAGACUAAUGGAAAAAUAUUCAAAUGCUACGAAGGUCUACUUGACAGUUCAUUCGUGUGGAGACUUUAUCUUAUAUCCUUUUGGAUACAAAUAUGAAACUGCGCCGAACAAGAAGCAAUUGCAAUCCCUGGGAGAGCAAGCCGCUGCAGCUGUAAGGGCGAUUAAUGGCCCUCUGUAUUCUGUAGGAAGCUCAUCUGCUUUGCUUUAUCCAGCCAAUGGAAGUGACGAUUACAUCUAUGAAUGUUUGAAUGUAGAAUAUGCUUACACCUUAGAGCUUUCCUGUGGAGAUUCCAACAAGAGUAGCAUAUUUAUCAUCAGCAUAGCGGAGAUGCAACGCAUCAACAAAGAAGCUUUCGAAAUGUUUAAGGUAUUCGGAAAAUUUGCUGGAAACAAAUAAAAUCUUCAGGAUAAUUCA